GUGCUGCUGGAGGAAUACCGGUGGACGUUUAACACGGAUGUCAACAAACUAGCGAUUCGAACGAUUCCCCCCCCCCCCCAUUAAAUAACCCAUAAGUGACGACUAAACGCCUUUCACUAGCGUCUGUCUGUGUGUCAGACAGUCUGCUGCUACUAUGCCUUACCUGGGCGAUGAGCAUACAGUGAGGGAGCUGAGGAGGGCUCUGUCCAACCCAAACGUCCAAGCUGACCACCUACGCUACAGAAACACCAUCCACAGAGUCAUCAGAGUGAUGUCUCAAGGACAAGAUGUAUCUGGGUUGUACAGUGAGAUGGUGAAGGCAUGUGCAACGGUGGAUAUUGUCCAGAAGAAACUGGUGUAUGUGUUUCUGUGUGCCUAUGCCAGUCUGAACCCUGAGCUGUCUCUGCUGGUAAUCAACACCCUGAGGAAAGACUGCUCGGAUCACAACCCCAUGAUUCGCAGCCUGGCCCUACGGAACAUGUGCAACCUCAGGCUCCCAGGUCUAUCACAAUAUGUGCAGCAGCCUCUUACAGUGGGACUGAAGGACAAGGCGGCGUGUGUUCGCAGAGUGGCUGUACUGGGCUGGGCCAAGAUACACACAAUACAACCUACCACUGGGAUAGAUGUAGCUGUAGUGAAUGAGUUGUAUGGGUUGCUAAGGGACCCAGACCCGGUCGUCAUGGUGAACUGUCUCCGGGCACUGGAGGAGAUUCUACAGGAAGAAGGGGGCGUGGCUAUCAACAAACCCAUUGCUCACCACCUCCUCAACAGACUGAAGCUAUGUGAUGUGUGGGGCCAGUCUGAGGUGCUAGCGGUGCUCCAGCGGUAUCGGCCUCGCAGCGAAGACGAGCUGUUCGACAUACUAUCUCUGUUAGACCCCGCCCUUCUCUCACACCACGCCCCCGUCAUGGCCGCCACGCUCCGCCUCUUCCUGUCCCUGUGUUCCACGCUGCCUGCCGUGUGUAUGUCGGCACUUGAGAGAGUACGGGGCCCCCUCCUGGCUGCCGCCGGUAGCACCUCCCGGGAACUACGCUAUGCAGCGCUAUGUCACAUCCAGCUUCUGCUCCGUUCUGAGCCUGGUCUGAUGGGGGAACACUACAAGCGCUUCUUCUGCGGCUAUGCUGAACCACCUUACAUCAAACAGAACAAGAUGCAGGUGCUGGUUGAGUUGGUGAAUGACGACAACGUGGCGAUGGUUCUGGACGAGCUGAGAGGAUACUGUACUGACGUCAACACUGAGACCUCACAGACUGCUAUCAACGCUAUAGGUAGUAUAGGGAGGAGCUACACUGACAGGUGUCUGGCCAUCCUCACGGGACUACUGGGGCUGAAGCAAGAACACAUCACCUCUGCCGUGCUCCAGACUCUGAGGGACUUAGUGUGGGUGUGUCCUCAGUGUGGAGAUGCGGUGUGUUCAGCUCUGGAAGGAUGGGAGGACAAUCUACAGGACAGUCAGGGUCGUGGGGCCUUGCUGUGGCUGCUGGGUGUCUAUGGGGACAGGGUGACUGGCGCCCCCUAUCUGCUGGAGGACUGUAUAGACGGGGUGAGGAGUGAGGUGUCAGCGGAGGUCAAGACAGAGCUGCUCACUGCAACACUACGCCUGUUCCUGUCCAGACCUGCUGAGACUCAGGACAUGAUGGGACGACUGCUGGUCUACUGUAUAGAGGAGGAAGUGGACAUGUGUGUGCGUGACCAGGCCCUGCUGUACUACCGGCUGUUGCAUUGUGGGAUUGAGGAGGUCCGUCAGGUCCUCCAGGGUGGACGACGGUCAGACCCCUCUCUGGGGCCUCUGAUUGGACGGCCCCCUGAGCCCAUCAGCCAAUGGGCAUCCAGCUUCAAUACCUUGGAGCCUCUAACCCUCGGAGCCUCUACUGUGGGGAACUCUGACCCCGCGACCCCCAAGCCCUCCACACUGACUCCCAACACCCUGACCUCUAACGCUGAAGCCAUGACCCCUACACCAGGAGACCCCCACCUUCCAGACUGCAGUAGUGGAGCUCUGAGUCUGUCUGUGUCUCCAGCUCUGACCCCUGAGGAGUUUGAACGCCUGUGGCUGCAGCUGGAGAAGGGGGCGUGUCUGGAGGUGUGUGUGGCGUGUCCUGUUCCCCGCUGUUCCCCAGAGGGCCUGCAGGUGGCACUACAGCUGGUCAACAUCCAGACGCUGGCUUUCACCCCCCCAAACACACACCCCUGGAGGGUGUACCUCUACACACACACCUCACACAUCUCUACAAAGACACCACACACACUCAUACUGGCAGAACUACUACACACUGGAGGAGAGGGAGAGAAAGAGGAAGAGGAGGAGGGAGAGGAAGAGGGGGAGGGAGAGGAAGAGGGAGAGAAAGAGGGGGAGGGAGAGAAAGAGGGGGAGGGAGAGAAAGAGGGGGAGAAGGAGGGGGAGGAAGAGGGGGAGGGGGAGGAAGAGGGGGAUAAGGAGGGACAGGAAGAGGGGGAUGGAGAGAGAGAGAAGGAAAAAGGCUUGCUAGUGGUAAUGAGACAGCAUCCAGGAGACCAGACAGCUCUGAGAGGAUUCCUGUCUGUUCUCACUACUGUCCUACACACACUGUCCACACACACAGCCUGAACACACACACACAGCCUGAACACACACACACAGCCUGAACAUACACAGCCGGAACACACACACACACAGCCUGAACACACACUCACACAGCCUGAACACUCACACACUCACACAGCCUGAACACACACACACACAGCCUGAACACUCACACACUCACACAGCCUGAACACACACACACACAGCCUGAACACUCACACACUCACACAGCCUGAACACACACUCACACAGCCUGAACACACACUCACACAGCCUGAACACACACACACAGCCUGAACACACACUCACACAGCCUGAACACACACACACACAGCCUGAACACACACACAGCCUGAACACACACACAGCCUGAACACACACACACACAGCCUUAGCACAUACACCUAAGAGGCAGCAUGGAUGUGUUUCCUGUAGAAGCAAUAAAGGAUGGAAUAUGCUCUU